AUGAGUCAGAGUUCCCAAAAGCACAGAGGAGGAUACGGACCAGUAGCUACAGCUCACUGCAGUAGAGGAGACGAGCAGAUGCGAUACAGAUAUUCCUCCAGUAUGGAUCUGACCGAAGAGGAUGACUAUGAUUACCACAACAACCUCACCCUGAACUACAGCUACGAGGACUACCACACCGUGUGUGAGAAGGCUGACGUGCGCUCCUUCGCUGGCCUCUUCCUCCCUGUGGUGUACGCAGCCUGUGUGGUGGUGGGGCUAGCCGGGAACUCCCUGGUGCUAGCUGUGUACGCCUACCACAAAUGUCUGAGAAGAAGCAUGACGGAAGCCUUCCUAGCCCACUUGGCCGUAGCCGACCUCCUCCUCCUCCUCACCCUGCCCUUCUGGGCUGCAGACGCGGCGCUGGGCUGGGAGCUGGGCCUGCCUCUCUGUAAGCUGGUCUCGGCUUGCUAUGCCAUCAACUUCACCUGCUGCAUGCUGCUGCUAGCCUGUGUUAGCAUGGACCGCUACCUAGCAUCUGUUAGAGCGGAGGGCAGGAACCAGGGAAGGCUGGGCAGGGUCUUCACCCGGGCGCACUGUGGGAAGGUCUGCUUAGGGGUGUGGGCUGUGGCUUUUCUCCUGGGUCUUCCCGAUCUUCUGUUCUCCACAGUAAGGGAGACCUCCAGGAGGAGGGUCUGCAUGGCCAUCUACCCGCCCAGUCUGGCCCGGGAGGUCAAGGCCUGCCUGGAGGUGGUUGAGGUCCUACUGGGUUUCCUGAUUCCUCUCCUGGUUAUGAUGUGGUGCUACGCCGGCGUGGGGCGUGUGCUGAGGCGGCUGCCCGAAGAGAGCAGGAGCAGGAGGCGGAGAGCUAUCCGGGUGUUGCUGGUCGUGGUGGGGUUGUUCGUGGUCACCCAGUUGCCCUAUAACGCGGUGAAGAUGUGGCGGGCGAUGGACUCGGUCUACACACUGGUGACCCACUGUGGUGUGAGUAAGGCCCUGGACCGGGCGGCACAGGUCACUGAGAGCCUGGCUCUGACCCACUGCUGUCUCAACCCACUACUCUAUGUCUUCCUAGGGUCCUCCUUCAGACAAUAUGCGCUGAAAACAGCCAAGGCGUUUGGAGAAAGGACAAAGAGGAGAAGGGGGGAGCAGAGAGAGGACGAAGGAAUGGAGAUGUCCUUCAACUCUCACAACACUGCCUCUCAGGAGACCAGCACCUUCUCCAUAUGAAAGAGAAGAGAGGGGGGGGGGGAGA